UGGGCGUGCUUGGGUGGCCUCCUGGGUAGGGAGCAUAGAGCAGGAGGUCAAGCAGUGGAAGCAGCUCUCCGAAAUGACCCGCUGCUCUGGGAUCUCUGCCUGGGGCCUCUCCUCAUCCUCUGCCUCCGGGACAAGCUCAGCUGGGCAGCCUCUGUCCGUCCUCAUGGCCCGAUGGAGCUGACCACAGACCUUGUGACCGUGUGACUUGGUGGGGAACCGAUGCUGCUCUCUCCUGGAAGCUCAGCUUCUGAGAUGGGGUUUUUUCUCAAUAGGUAAAAAGGCAACUUCCGGUUCCCAUCCAGCUCCUCCUCCUGUAGGGUGUGGACUCUGAUUAAAUACACAUGCCUGCACCUGGGGUUCACCUGAGUCUCUGGGGCAUCGUGGGCCGACGAUGCCUUAUGCACCCGUCAGCUGAGUUAGAGGGAGAUUUCUCAGCUCCUCCUGGGAUCUUCUUGGGCUUAUUUGCUUAAACCAGAGGCUGGCAAAUUAUGGCUGAGGGACCACAUCUGGCCUUCCACCUAUUUUUUGUGUGGCCCACAAGCUAAGAAGGAUUUUUAAGUUUUUAAAUGAUUGGGAGGGAAAAACCCACAAAAGAAUAAUAUUUCACGACAUGUGAAAAUUAUAUGAAAUUCAGAUUUCAGUGUUCAUAAAUUGGCACUCAGCCUAAUCCACCCAUUUAUGUACCAUCUGUGUCGGCUUUUGUACCAUGGCCACAGAGAUGAGUGCUGGCCACGGAGACCCUCUGGCCUGCAAAACCUAAGAUGUCUACUGCCUGACCCUUCACAGAAAAAGUGUGCCGACCUCCCGCUUACAUGGUCCAGACUGAGGGGGACUUCCUGCUCGGGCCGGAGCCUCAGAGAAACGAAAUGAUGUCCCGUGAGGUCUCGGAGCCCUGGGCCGUCAUCCACAACCUGAGGGUGUGGUCUCACCAUCACUGAGGCCUCUCCAGCCAAGCUUUCCACGGGACAAGGAAACCCCAGCAGCCUCCUUCUGCGGCAGGGGCUCACCCACUGCUCCCUUCCAGUAUUGGGGUCCUGGAGGAACUGGGCCAUGAGGCCACAUCCUAUGUGGUCUGUAACACCAAAGAGCACAAAAGCAAUCCCUUAAUCACUGAAAAGAAAACAGAUUUUAAUGCCUUGCAUGUAAACAUUUUUACAAUUUUGCAUGUUUUAUAUUUGUAGAGUAAUUCACUGUUUAAAAGUGAGCACAAAACGUAUUUGUCGGAAGAUGGAUGAAUACAUUCAUCAAGGGGAUAUAGUCAACAAGGAAACCACUUUGUUUCGUAAAACUGUUUAAAGGGGAUUUUCUAUCUGCGAUUUCCUUAAUCAAUUUCUUGUAUAAACAGGGGGUGUGUUCACAUUUUUUUUCCUUUUCAGGAAAGGCAUUUUAUAGAAAGAAUUACAUUUAAAGAAGGAGAAGGGUGUGUAUCUUUUUGUUACAGUUCUACAAGAUUUCUUGAACGGGAAGCUUUCUCCCUCCGUGAGCAGUGUGACACUGGGCAUCCAGGGAUGGGAGAAUCACAAAGUCGCCUUUCUUUGGUGUACUCUCCAUGCACAGCUGCCCUCACUGAUGUUACCUUCAUGCAGAGUUGAUCACAGUACAUGACGGCGCCGGGAAGGGAGCCGGAAGGAAGUCUGGAGGGGCCUCCUCGGGAAGAGGGCGUUCUGGUGAAGAGAUGGCUUCAGACAUCCCCGGAUCAGUGGCAUUGCCCGUCGCCCCCAUGGCGGCCAGUGGCCAGGUGAGGAUGGCUGGGGCCAUGCCUGCCCGUGGAGGAAAGCGGCGUUCCGGAAUGGACUUUGAUGAUGAAGAUGGUGAGGGUCCCAGCAAAUUUUCGAGAGAGAAUCACAGUGAGAUCGAACGGCGCCGGCGGAACAAGAUGACACAGUACAUCACGGAGCUCUCCGAUAUGGUCCCCACGUGCAGUGCGCUGGCCCGAAAGCCGGACAAGCUCACCAUCCUCCGCAUGGCCGUGUCACACAUGAAGUCCAUGAGGGGCACAGGGAACAAGUCCACGGACGGCGCCUACAAGCCUUCCUUCCUAACGGAGCAGGAACUGAAGCACCUCAUCCUUGAAGCGGCCGAUGGAUUUCUGUUCGUCGUGGCGGCCGAGACGGGGCGAGUGAUUUAUGUGUCUGACUCUGUCACCCCCGUUCUGAACCAGCCACAGUCAGAGUGGUUUGGGAGCACCCUCUACGAACAGGUGCAUCCCGAUGACGUGGAGAAGCUGAGAGAGCAGCUGUGCACCUCGGAAAAUUCGAUGACAGGCCGGAUCUUGGACCUGAAGACGGGGACGGUCAAGAAGGAAGGGCAGCAGUCGUCCAUGAGGAUGUGCAUGGGCUCCCGGAGGUCCUUCAUCUGCAGGAUGAGGUGUGGAAAUGCUCCUUUGGAUCACCUUCCUCUAAACAGAAUAACCACCAUGAGGAAAAGGUUCAGGAAUGGCCUUGGCCCUGUCAAAGAGGGAGAAGCCCAGUACGCUGUGGUCCACUGCACGGGAUACAUCAAAGCUUGGCCUCCCGCAGGAAUGACCAUCCCUGAAGAAGACGCUGAUGUGGGACAGGGCAGUAAAUACUGCCUGGUGGCAAUCGGGAGGCUCCAGGUGACCAGCUCUCCCGUGUGCAUGGACAUGAGCGGGAUGUCAGUGCCCACGGAAUUCUUAUCCCGGCAUAACUCUGAUGGGAUCAUCACAUUUGUGGACCCAAGAUGCAUCAGUGUGAUUGGCUACCAACCCCAGGAUCUUCUAGGAAAAGACAUUUUGGAGUUCUGCCACUCGGAGGAUCAGAGCCAUCUACGCGAGAGCUUUCAGCAGGUGGUGAAGCUCAAAGGCCAAGUGCUGUCGGUCAUGUAUCGAUUCCGCACCAAGAACCGGGAGUGGAUGCUGAUCCGCACCAGCAGCUUCACCUUCCAGAACCCCUACUCUGACGAGAUCGAGUACAUCAUCUGCACCAACACCAACGUCAAGCAGCUUCAGCAACAGCAGGCAGAAUUGGAAGUGCACCAGAGAGAUGGGUUGUCAUCAUACGACUUAUCGCAGGUUCCUGUCCCCAACCUACCAGCCGGAGUCCACGAGGCCGGGAAGUCCGUGGAAAAGGCAGAUGCAAUCUUUUCCCAGGAGAGGGAUCCCCGGUUUGCUGAGAUGUUCGCGGGAAUCAGUGCGUCGGAGAAGAAGAUGAUGAGCUCAGCCUCGGCAGCAGGAACCCAGCAGAUCUACUCCCAAGGAAGCCCCUUCCCCCCGGGUCACUCGGGGAAGGCCUUCAGCUCUUCCGUGGUCCACGUGCCUGGAGUGAAUGACAUCCAGUCCUCCUCUUCAACCGGCCAGAACAUGUCCCAGAUCUCUCGACAGCUAAACCAGGGUCAGGUGGCAUGGACGGGGAGUCGGCCACCCUUUCCCGGACAGUCCAGCAAGACUCAGUCGUCUCCCUUUGGGAUUGGAACGAGCCACACCUACCCGGCAGACCCCUCCUCCUACAGUCCUCUCUCCAGCCCAGCUACCUCCUCGCCCAGCGGGAACGCCUACUCCGGUCUGGCCAACAGGACUCCAGGGUUCGCUGAGAGUGGACAGAGUAGCGGGCAGUUCCAGGGGCGGCCGUCGGAAGUCUGGUCGCAGUGGCAGAGCCAGCACCACGGGCAGCAGAGCGGCGAGCAGCACUCGCACCAGCAGCCUGGUCAGACCGAAGUGUUCCAGGACAUGCUGCCCAUGCCAGGAGACCCCACCCAGGGCACCGGGAACUACAACAUCGAAGACUUUGCCGACCUGGGCAUGUUCCCGCCCUUCUCCGAGUAGCUGCAGGCACAGCCAGGCCCCCGCCGGGCAGCGCCACCCGCGCGGUGACAUCGCCAACCACGGGCGCCGGGUCCCCCUCCCCCCGCCCGCCCGGCGCCAGGACCCCCCAGCAGAAGGCGCCUCGGCCCCCAUGUCCCCCUUGGUGCAGCGUCACUCAGCUCCCGCCCACGGCCAAGGCUGCCUGGCCCCUGACCAGGAGCCCCAGUAGACGUUGGGGGUCGGCCGUGUUUAUUGUAUUUUCUCUGCGUGCUUGGGAGCUGAGCCUGCUGGGUCCUUGAAGUCUGGUUGUGAAUAAUCUCGUGAUGGACGAUUUCACUGUAAAAAGUCUGCUUACAGCCCAGAGUGCCGAUCAGCACCAGGCCACCCAGGAGGCUGGAGUGAGUCCCUUCUGCCUCUACCGUCUGCAGAUGGGCGGGGUCAGGGGGUCAGGAGAGGCGGCAAGGUGCACAGCCCCUGUCCCCUGAGCUGGGGACCAGGAGCAUGGGGAUGCGGAGGUGGACGCUGCCCCCAGCCUCCAGCUUGGCCAGGUCCGGCUGUGCGCCCCCAAUGCCGUGGCCUGUGUGUGCUCUGUGCCGUGUGACUGCAUCCCCGUCCUGAUGGAGGUGUCAUGCCCACGUCUGUCAUGUGCAGCCUGAGUGAGUGUCUAGGAUCUGGGGUGCUAAGGAACGAGGCCCCAGAUGUGCAGCCCCCGCCCUAAGCUCGCAGCUCCCUGCCUGGGGGGAGCUUGGCCCCCGUCUGGACGCCCUGCUGACAGGUCGGAGGGAGCAGUGGGCACACCCCAGUGUCCCCAAGAGUCAUGGCUGGGAACCUGCUCACUUUAAUGGGUCAGUUCUGUGAUCCAGGCCCCUCGGUGUGGAUUGAGGUGUCCUCCUCUGAGAGAAACCAGCCCCCCUCCUACGGGAGACCCCAGGAGACCACUCGCCCCUCUCUCACUGGGUCUGAGGAACAGCUCUUCCUGGUUGUUGCCCAUCCUUGCUCCAUCGUCCCCACCCAGUGCCUGAGGGAGGCCACCCUGAGGUCACAGAGCCCUUCUGUAGAGGGGGGUGGGCAGGACGCCCAGCCUCCUGACUUCUGUGCCCUGCAGACUCGCUCCCUAGGACCAGCCUGGGGGGGGUGCACCUGCUUAGUGGCCCAGGGGAUGGUGUGGGCGUGAAUCCACCGCAGAGCCGGGACGUGAAACCUGUCCCUAAGGCCAGUCGGGCCUGCCUUCUUCAGCUGACCAGGAGCAAGGGCGACCCAGGAGGGGCAGAGUGCAGGCGUGUGGGCAGAAGACAUGGUUCCAGGUCUGGUUCUGGUUCUGAUUCUGUCACGCACUCACCAGGGCCUUGAAUUCCUCAGGCAGUCUCAAGACAGGAGUAAGAGCUGACUUCUAGAAACUUCCGCCCAGCUGACCUGUGAGUCCGUGGCCCCUGGCUCGAGGUGUUUCCCUCCGAUUUGAGGAGAUUAGUUCAAGAAUCCGUCCCCUGUCGUUCCUUAGCUUUGCCCCUCCACUCGCCCACUAAGCAGGGCUCACUCAGCCUCUCUGUUCCCUCUUUUCCUGACAGUCCCACCAGCUCGUGACUCCCAUGGGGAGAUGAGCUACGCGGGGCUCCUCGGGGCAGGAGGAGCCCACCCCCAGGAAGGCCCUGUGUUCCUCCCAGAGCCCCUUCUGGCAGGCAUCCUCAGCCCCUGUCUCAGAGCCCCCAUGGAUCCCUCCCCUUGGGCCUGGGCAGUGGAGCUGGUCCCGGACUGCCCAGUGCAGAGCGAGCCGCACAGGUAGGACGUAGCCAGGGCACGUUGCUCUGACCCUCUAGAAGCUCUGCACCAACGCCAGCCCUGUCUGUCUGACUCCUUGUGCCCAGUCGUGUGCAGGAUGCUCCCCCUGUAAAAAUCCAGCGUUGUUGGGCAGCAUACCGAUGCCGUUCCUAGACUGUAAACUAACCCUGGUGUCCGUUUGCAGGGCGACUUCAAUCCUUUUGUGGACAGUGGAGGUUGGGUCUUGGGUUUACAUACACGUGCCAUCCUUUUUCCCUCAGGAGCCUUUGUGCUUCCAGGGAAAAGGCUGGUGGUGGAGACCCCCACAGCCCACAGUUCAGACCCAGAAGGGGCUCCCCGGCCGGCCCUGCCCCUGGGGCCACCUCUGCCUCUGCAGCCUCGAGCUUGCCCCAGGCAGUGGACAUAAUUAUUUCCAAGAAUAGGGCAAAAACAGCUUUCGGAUCAAAGAAUGGUUUCUCGGGUAAGUGAAAACAGGCUUUCCGUGGCCUUUAGCCUGUGAGUGUGGAAGUUCUGGGGGUUUUAUGUUCGUUUUCUCCUUUUGUUUUUUGGAAAGAACUUGGUGAUUUUCUUAGGUACGUGCGCUAGGUAGACAUGCUGGCUGUGGGCCUCCCACAUAUCGGGUCUGUGCUGGGCCAGGAGGACGCGCAGAGGAACAGAAGAGCCUUGCUCCCAACGACCUUUCAGUUACUUCCCUCACGUAAACAAAGGUUGGGGUGAGGACAGCUCAGUUCUUAGCCCUGGAAGACGAGGAUUUUUGGGGGGCUGGAAGCGCACAUCACCUCCUGGGGCGCAUCAUCACUAGACAGGCCGGGCCUCGUCCCUUCCAGCGUUGGCCCAGGAGCACCAGCAGGGACUCUGAUUCGAAUCUGACGGGCUCACUAGCGUUCCCUCUUUUCUGUCCCCCUCUCAGAACCCGUCACGUGGCCAAUAAGAAAACAGGCUGGGAGGAUCCCACACCGAAGGGAUUCUCUUCCCAAAGAAUUUUGAGACCACCUGGAGUAAGAAUGAAAGCCCUAGAGGAUCUAUUUAUCCCAGGUUGGAAGAGGACCCCCCCAUGCCAGUCCCGCCCAGCCAGCAGGCCGGAGAGCCCUGGGCCCUGUUGCAGCCUGUCCUUCAGCCCGUGCCCCAGCCUGGACUCCUCUCCUACUAGAGGUGGAGUGGGAGCUGGAUUGGGAAGGGGAGAGGCCCGUAGGAGUGGGUUUGGCUCUGGGCUCACAUACUCAUCCCGCCUCAUCGCAUCCGCUAGAGUUUAGCUGGCUCUCCUCAAACUGAGCAAGCAGAGGGCUUCCCACGCUGUGGCUGCCUGAGCCACUGGCGAGGACAGAAACACAGCCACGUUGAGGCUCAGCUAGGACUUGGUUAGUGACCAUGAUAGUGGCGAAGAAGGUUCUAGAACAUUCACCCUAUAUGGUGCUUCCCACUAGUCUUGCGUUUAGCUUUGGGUGGGGAGUGACAGAGCCAUCCAAACAGCCACAUUCUUCUCCGCUUUCCAACACAUCAAAUUCAACCCUUUUGCUGUGUCGUGGAUACCUGUUGCAAAUAAUGGGAGGAUUCUAAUAGUUGAUGGCACUUCCGUCGGGGAGCUUAAACCUUCCAUGCUGAUCAAGGGGCCGUGUGUUCCCCAGACGGGCCACACUUGACAGUGUCAGCGUUCCUUCUGGUCUUAGCGCGGAGAUGAGGCAGGCCCGGGGAAGUGACUGAUGGUCCCGUUCCCCCACGUUGGCACCCAGGGCUGCAGAUGAGCUCUGCUGGGCCGUGAGCACUCACCCACCUGCUCCUUGACAGAUAUGACCCAUCACACAAGCGGAACCAAGCAGAUGACCUGACAGCGCUAGCCAGUAACAAGUCAGCAUAGACAUGUUGUUUGUUUUACCAGAAAAUAUGGGCCAGUUGUUAGGUCACUGUGGCCUGACUUGCUAGGGUCCACCCCCCUGCCUUCCCCACCAGAUCCUCGUCUUGUGUGCUCAGGGGCCACCUCGUGUCCGCACUUUCCCAAUGGCCUGGGGUCUGGGAAACAUGAAGGGGCCCCCGCCAGGGAGCAGGCUAGUUCUCAUAGGUGGGUGCACCUGGGUCUCAGGCCAAAGCUGGUUUCGUGGUCGAGCACUGGCCACAGCCUGCGGGGCACUGGCCAUGGACGUGCAGACGAAGGUCUUGUGGGCUAUGUUGGGCCAGGGCGGCUUGCUUCCUGCCACCAUCUCGUUCUCCUUCAGAAACGAGAGAUUUCACAGAGCGGCUUCCGGGGACCGUUGGAGUGCUUCAUCCUUUCUCUCCUAACUUUUCUCCUCAUGGAUGUGCACUGUGCUGUGGGUAAAUCACCAUUUGUGUUUGAAUGUCGUUGAUGACUAACGGUGAUUAAGUCGGUUGUGUACAUGUGUAACUAAUGUAACUGCCUUUUAAAAUUUCAUGACAAUAAAGCUGACUUUGCUCUGAACGAUGA